CUGCAAGACAAUUAUCUUCUUCGGCGGUAUUCACAGGGAUUCAAAUGAAAACCGCGAAAGCUCUUCAAGGCACGAGAAAGGGUUAGCGAUUCGCCUGAAAAUCAAGGUCGGUCGGUCAUGGCGUCUGAUUCAACUCGGUCUCGCAUCGAUCAGUUUUUUUCUUCAAAGAAGAAGAAGAAGAAACCUUUAUCACCUGGUUUGAAGUCUAGGGGAGCCGCAAAAGAUACACUUGAAGGGUCUCCUAGUUCUAAAGGUUCUUUAGACAACUAUUUAGUGACUUCACAGGAUGAUAACUGUACUGCUAAACCUUUGUUCGCAGCUCAUGUUUGUUCAGAAAGGCAAGAUAUUGUUAAGAGAAACCUGACUUUGGAGAUUAAUUCAUUGUCGAAAGAUGAGAAUAUAAAUGCCUGUUUGUCAGCCCUAGAACAUCCUCAAACUUCUGUAGCAUAUGUAGGGGCUCAAAAACAACAAUCCCAGGUUCCUCCUUAUGCGGGUGAUGUUUCAGUCAAAGGUCUUGCAAAUUCAGAUUCUGCAGACACUGCUGGAAACUCCGAAAUUAAGCAGUUCACGGCUGGCUUUUUGUCACUGUAUUGUAGUGAACUUCUACCAAGUGCAAGUUCACCAUUAGAGCCAAAAGUGAAUGCUCAUAAAAGACAGGGUAGUCCAUCUAUGCUAGUUGCAGAGGAUAAAUCAUCCAAGAAAAGGCAUUGCAUUAUUGAUGGGGAUGAGCCAAAUGCUGAGGGUGAAGCCACUUGCUCUGGUGAUAUGCACCCAGAACACAUAGAGUCUGGUGUCAUCUCAGAAUCUGGAGAAGCAUCUAUAAACUAUUCCAGAGGAACGAUUGUAGGUGCUAAUCCAAUUGAACUUCAAGCGAGCUUGAAAAAAUGUAGUAGAACAGCUGCACCAUCUCUAUCUGCGACAGGAUGUGAUACACCUGCUAUAACUUCCAGAGCUCGUGAAACUCCCAAGUCUACUUGUAGAAGCUCCAUUUUUUCUCCUGGAGAAGCAUUCUGGAAUGAAGCAAUUGAAGUUGCCGACGGUUUGUUUGCAACAAAUAUUGACAGAGAAAUUAGUACUGCGAACAUGCAGUGCGAGACAAAUAAUUCGAACAAUUUGAGAAAUGCAGGUUGUGGUAUUCUGUCAAACAAAAUAUUAGAUGAAGGUGCAAGUAGAGUCGGUGGUGUGGAACUGAAUGCUUCUACAGGAUCAACAGGGAAGCAUGGAAAGGAUUUGGAUGAAGAAGCAUCCCCGUUGCCAGUGAAGCAUUUUGACUUCUCGUUUGAGGACAAAAAUUCAGAUGAUCUAUCUGCAGAUGAUAUGAAAGGUCUUGUGUAUAGAAAAGGUGCACAAGCUGGAUGUGCUUCUGUAGAUAAUAGAAGUCUUCAAUCUGCUAAUAUAACAACGCAUUCUCGCUUGAAUGGCGCAAUGCAACAACUGACAUCUGGUUGUGAUGUAGCUGAUAGGAAAGAGGGUUUUUUGAGUCAAGAUAAUGAUACUAUUGCAUCUAGUGCACUGGAAAAGGAAAAAAGAAAUUGCAUGGUUUUCCGUGAAGAUGCUGGAGAUAGUACUCCAUCAAGUUUUGAACCGCUAAAAGAUUGUUUAGAUCUUAGCUUCUGGCUUCCUUCUGAAAUAUGUGCCAUAUAUAAGAAGAAAGGAAUUUCAAAAUUGUAUCCAUGGCAGGUUGAUUGCCUGCAGGUGGAUGGUGUCUUACAGAAAAGGAAUCUCGUAUAUUGUGCAUCUACUAGUGCUGGUAAAAGUUUUGUUGCUGAAAUUUUAAUGCUACGGAGAGUCUUGUCAGCUGGAAAAAUGGCUCUUCUUGUACUUCCAUAUGUAUCAAUUUGCGCAGAAAAGGCAGAACAUCUGGAGGUCCUAUUAGAACCACUUGGCAAGCAUGUUCGCAGUUAUUAUGGAAACCAAGGUGGUGGGACUCUUCCAAAAGAUACCUCUGUAGCUGUCUGUACAAUUGAGAAGGCAAACUCUUUAAUUAACAGAUUUCUAGAAGAGGGUCGUCUGUCAGAACUUGGGAUUAUUGUGAUAGAUGAACUGCACAUGGUGGGUGAUCAGAAUAGGGGUUAUCUGUUGGAGCUUAUGUUGACAAAGCUUCGUUAUGCAGCUGGUGAAGGCAAUAUAUAAUCAUCUAGUGGAGAAAGUUCAGGUACAAGUAGUGGGAAGACUGAUCCUGCUCGUGGUCUCCAAAUUGUUGGUAUGAGUGCAACCUUGCCAAAUGUGGCUGCUGUUGCCAAUUGGCUUCAAGCUGCUUUGUACCAGACUGAUUUCCGACCAGUUCCAUUAGAGGAAUACAUUAAAGUUGGAAACACCAUUUAUAACAAAACAAUGGACGUUGUUAGAACAAUCUCAAAAACAGCUGAACUUGGUGGUAAAGAUCCAGAUCAUAUUGUUGAAUUGUGCAAUGAGGUUGUUCAAGAGGGUAAUUCAGUGCUAUUAUUUUGCUCUAGUCGAAAAGGAUGUGAAUCAACUGCUAGGCAUAUUGCAAAAUUCCUCAGAAAAUUUCCUGUCAGUACCCGUAAUGAUAAAAGUGAGUUCUUUGAUAUCACGUCAGCUAUAGAUGCCUUGCGAAGAUGUCCUGCGGGAUUGGAUCCUAUUUUUGAAGAAACUCUCUCUUCUGGUGUUGCCUACCAUCAUGCUGGUCUAACUGUUGAAGAAAGAGAGAUUGUUGAAACUUGCUAUCGUAAAGGACUAGUACGUGUCUUAACUGCUACAUCUACUUUGGCUGCUGGGGUUAACCUACCUGCCAGGAGAGUCAUUUUUCGACAACCCUGGAUUGGUCGUGAUUUUAUUGACGGGACAAGGUACAGACAGAUGGCUGGUAGGGCUGGUCGGACUGGAAUAGAUACGAAGGGGGAGAGUGUUCUACUUUGCAAACCAGAAGAGGUCAAAAGAAUUAUGGGAAUUCUUAAUGACAGCUGUCCACCGCUGCAUUCUUGUCUUUCUGAAGGUAAGAAUGGGAUGACCCAUGCAAUCUUAGAAGUUGUCGCUGGUGGAAUUGUUCAAACUGCCAAUGAUAUUCAUCGAUAUGUGAGGUGUACUCUUCUCAAUUCUACAAAGCCAUUUGAAGAUGUAGUGAAGUCAGCACAGGAUUCUCUCAGAUGGUUAUGCCACAGAAAAUUUAUUGAAUGGAAUGAAGACACUAAGUUAUACAGCACCACACCUCUUGGACGUGCAUCUUUUGGCAGUUCUCUCUGCCCUGAAGAAUCACUUAUUGUACUGGAUGACCUUUCAAGGGCUAGAGAAGGAUUUGUGCUUGCAUCUGAUUUGCAUUUAGUAUACUUAGUUACACCCACCAACGUUGAAGUUGAGCCAGAUUGGAAAUUAUACUAUGAAAGAUUCAUGCAAUUGUCUACUCUUGACCAGUCGGUUGGCAAACAAGUAGGAGUGCUAGAACCCUUUUUAAUGCGUAUGGCCCAUGGUGCCCCACUGCGCACUUCAAACAGAUCAAGGGAUAAUGCAAAAGGGUUGUUGGGCAGAUCUGACUGCAGAGUUGGGAUGGCAAACCAAAGUAUGCUUUCCGAUGAGCAAACACUUCGAGUGUGCAAGCGCUUCUAUGUUGCUCUCAUCUUGUCAAGACUUGUGCAGGAAGUACCUGUGGCUGAGGUUUGUGAAGCCUUUAAAGUGGCACGAGGCAUGGUUCAGGCCUUACAAGAAAAUGCUGGAAGGUUUGCUUCUAUGGUUUCUGUGUUUUGUGAGAGGCUUGGUUGGCAUGAUCUGGAAGGUUUGGUUUCCAAAUUCCAAAAUCGUGUUUCAUUUGGAGUCCGGGCAGAGAUUGUAGAGCUUACCACCAUUCCAUAUGUUAAGGGUUCCCGAGCUAGACAACUUUAUAAAGCUGGGUUGCGCACACCUCAAGCAAUUGGUGUAGCAUCAAUAUCUGAAAUUGUCAAGGCUCUUUUUGAAUCUUCAUCAUGGGCUGCACAAGAUUCAGCACAACGGCGGAUUCAAUUGGGGGUAGCCAAGAAGAUAAAGAAUGGUGCACGCAAAAUUGUUCUUGAUAAAGCUGAAGAGGCAAGGGUUGCUGCCUUCACAGCUUUCAAAUCUCUUGGACUUGAUGUUCCCCAGUUACCUCAACCUGUAUUAAAGGCUGCUGGUGAUGCCACUCAAAAAGGGGCGACUACCUCUUCUGGGGAAGAGAGUACUAGUAGCUUUGUUGGUGUACAGCAUACAGAGCAUGUUUCAGCCAAGUCAACGUUGGUAAGAUGCGAAUUAAGACAUUUGAAGGGGUUAGAAAUCAAAGGAACGAAACGAGAGCAGCUUGAUUUUGGGAGGAGGAGCUUCGGCUUCAUAGAGAAUGGGUCAAGGGUGAUUGCUGAGUACAUCUAUGGGAUUGGUGGUGCGCUGGCUAAUGGACCUCAGAAGCAAAGCAAGGACUCUUUCUGGACCUCAGAGUUAGCAGCCCUCAAAGAGAAACUCGCAAAAGAAUUUCACAUUAAGGAUCUGGAAGCCCUCAAGUAUUUCCUCGGAAUGGAAUUUGCAAGAUCCAAGGAAGUCAGCAUGGUAAGUCAGUUCAUGCACUCACCAGGGGCAGAGCACUUUGAGGCCGUUUAUAAGAUCUUAAGAUAUUGGAAGGAACUCCAGGGAGAGGCUUACUGUUCAAGAAACAGGACAUCUUCAAGUGAAGUAUACACAGAUGCAGACUGGGCAGGAAGUGUUACAGACAGGAGAUCAACAUCCGUAUACUGCUCCUUUGUAGGUGGGAACCUAGCUACAUGGCGGAGUAAAAAACAGAAUGUGGUAGCUAGAAGUAGUGCAGAAGCAGAGUUCAGAGCUGUUGCCCAUGGAAUCUGUGAAGUAAGAAGUCCUGUGGCUGAGGUUUGUGAAGCCUUUAAAGUGGCACGAGGCAUGGUUCAGGCCUUACAAGAAAAUGCUGGAAGGUUUGCUUCUAUGGUUUCUGUGUUUUGUGAGAGGCUUGGUUGGCAUGAUCUGGAAGGUUUGGUUUCCAAAUUCCAAAAUCGUGUUUCAUUUGGAGUCCGGGCAGAGAUUGUAGAGCUUACCACCAUUCCAUAUGUUAAGGGUUCCCGAGCUAGACAACUUUAUAAAGCUGGGUUGCGCACACCUCAAGCAAUUGGUGUAGCAUCAAUAUCUGAAAUUGUCAAGGCUCUUUUUGAAUCUUCAUCAUGGGCUGCACAAGGUGAAAUCUUAUUCAGCACAACGGCGGAUUCAAUUGGGGUAGCCAAGAAGAUAAAGAAUGGUGCACGCAAAAUUGUUCUUGAUAAAGCUGAAGAGGCAAGGGUUGCUGCCUUCACAGCUUUCAAAUCUCUUGGACUUGAUGUUCCCCAGUUACCUCAACCUGUAUUAAAGGCUGCUGGUGAUGCCACUCAAAAAGGGGCGACUACCUCUUCUGGGGAAGAGAGUACUAGUAGCUUUGUUGGUGUACAGCAUACAGAGCAUGUUUCAGCCAAGUCAACGUUGGUAAGAUGCGAAAAUUUUGAUAAAGUUACAAUAGAAAUUGGACAAGAGAAGUCAGCAAAAACCAUAGGUGUUGGCUUAGGGACUCCACAUGAAGCAAAAUCAACUGGUACCAUGCAGACUAAUUUUGGUGCUGAAAAUCCUGCAGCAGUAGUUGAAGGCCUGGUACUCUUGGAGCAAAAUGAUCGAGAAACUGCAUGUCUUGACAAUAAGGAAAAUGCUUCUGAGAAAGGUCCUGUAAAUGCUGUUAAUACUCCGGGUGGAUUUGAUUCGUUCUUGGAUCUUUGGGACUCAACCAGAGAAUUCUAUUUUGAUAUUCUUAACAAAAGAUCUGAAGUGAACUCGACUGUCCCUUUUGAAAUACAUGGCAUAGCAAUUUGCUGGGGAAAUUCUCCUGUCUACUAUGUCAAUCUUCCCAAGGAUAUAUUUUGGUUUGACAGCAGAAGAAAUGAUUCUUUGUCCAUAUCUAUUUCUGGUGAUGGCAGCGAUGUAUUAGCACCAAAGCAUCAGUUCGAAGUGGCAAAACAAAGAUGGAGUAGGAUAGUUAUGAUCAUGGGAAAAAAAGAUGUCAGAAAGUUUACUUGGAAUUUAAAAAUUCAGAUUCAGGUGUUAAAAAUUCCUGCUGUUUCCAUUCAGAGAUUGGGUAGCCUGAAUCUUGCAGUGAAAACUAUGGGUCUUGAGCUCAAAGACAGCAUAUACUAUUUGUUGCACCCAGUUUACGUACAAGAUGGAAUUGACAUGUGCAUUGUAGCAUGGAUCCUUUGGCCUGAUGAGGAGAAAAGUUCCAAUCCAAAUCUGGAAAAGGUAAUUAAGAAAAGGUUAUCCAGUGAGGCUGCAGCAGCUGCCAGUCGCAGUGGUAGGUGGAAAAAUCAGAUGCGAAGAGCUGCACAUAAUGGUUGCUGCCGUCGAGUUGCGCAAAUCCGAGCCCUAUGUUCUGUUCUCUGGAAAUUGCUAAUUUCUGAAGAACUUGUUGAAGCACUUACAAGCAUUGAAAUUCCACUGGUUAAUGUUCUUGCGGACAUGGAGAUCUGUGGAAUAGGUGUUGACAUGGACGGAUGCCUUCGGGCACGACAGGUGUUGGGAAAGAAACUAAGGUAUCUUGAGAAGGAAGCUUACAAACUGGCUGGUAUUUCAUUUUCAUUGCAUACAGCGGCCGAUAUUGCAAAUGUACUCUAUGGGAUUUUGAAGUUGCCCAUACCCGAAGGGUACAAUAAAACAAAACAACACCCAAGCACUGACAAGCACUGUUUGGAUUUGUUGAGGCAUGAACAUCCUAUUAUUCCUGUUAUUAAAGAGCAUCGAACUCUGGCAAAGCUCUUAAACUGUACAUUGGGAUCAAUUUGUUCUCUUGCUAGGCUUUCAAUGACAGAGAAGUACACAUUGCAUGGCCGUUGGCUCCAAACAUCUACAGCAACCGGGCGACUUUCAAUGGAGGAACCUAAUCUUCAGUGUGUUGAGCAUAUGGUUGACUUCAGAAUGAAUAACGAUAAGAAAGACGGAAAUGAUUCAAAUGUAGAUCAUUACAGAAUAAAUGCUCGUGAUUUUUUCAUACCUACACAGGACAAUUGGUUACUUUUAGCUGCAGAUUAUUCUCAGAUAGAACUGCGAAUGAUGGCUCACUUUUCAAAAGAUGCUUCAUUAAUUGAACUUCUCAGUAAACCUCAUGGUGAUGUCUUUACCAUGAUAGCAGCAAAAUGGACUGGGAAAGAGGAAUCUAAUGUUAGCUCCCAAGAGCGAGAUCAAACGAAAAGGUUGGUUUAUGGCAUUCUGUAUGGUAUGGGUCCUAAUACGCUUGCCGAACAGCUUGACUGCAGUUUAGAUGAUGCAGCUGAGAAAAUUCAGAAUUUCAAAAGGUCUUUUCCUGGUGUUGCUUCCUGGCUUCAAGAAGCUGUGACAUCUUGCCGUCAGAAAGGGUAUGUGGAGACCCUUAAAGGAAGAAAGCGCUUUUUAGCAAAAAUAAAAUUCGGAAACAGUAAAGAAAAAUCUAAAGCCCAGAGACAAGCUGUCAAUUCUAUUUGUCAGGGAUCUGCUGCUGACAUAAUCAAAAUUGCAAUGAUCAAUAUACACUCUCUGAUUGUUGAAGAAGUUGGGAGGUCGCAUCCUAGCACUUUAUUUGCAGAACAAUUCCACAUGCUUAGGGGCCGCUGCAGAAUCCUUUUACAGGUACACGAUGAAUUAGUACUGGAAGCUGAUCCUUCCGUUGUAAAGGAAGCUGGGUUGUUGCUUCAAAUGAGCAUGGAAAGAGCUGUGUCGCUUCUUGUUCCUUUGCACGUCAAAUUGAUGGUUGGGAGAACAUGGGGAUCUUUGGAGCCUUUCCUGGCUGAACAACAUGCAGAUGAAGUUACUAUCCCAAAUCCUUAGGUUACGAGGAGCUGUGGUUGCUUUUCACUCUAAUUAUGAUGGUCAACAUUGGUAAGCAAAGGGUGUUUUGGGCCAAUGCAUGUAGUGUGGAAGCAAUCUUAUAUUCUGGUCAAACCAAUUUUUGCCUGGGGUAAUGGACUUGGAGACUACUUUGCCCCAUGAACUGCAGUUCUGCAACUACUUUUGUCUUCCUUGCUACGUGAUGCUUCAAUUAUGGUUGUGCAAGAGUGACUUCCAUGGACUGAUAAUGAAUUAAGUACUUGGAUUUUAGGCCUUCUAUAUGAUGGAUGGUAUGGCAUAUUGUGGCUUUUUUUCCUUGUGCGUGCUGAUGCUGGGAGCUCCUUCCAUUCUGAACUGGUGAUAUUACAAGAAGUUUCAGGACUUUGGUGAACACUUGAACAAAAAUGGUGAUACUGUGGUAUGAAAAUAUUGUAGAAGUAGGGUUGUUGGUCAUGCAACUUGCAUUUAGUAGGCGUGUUUGUCAUGCAGAUAUGAUAGAAGAGGUUAUGUGCUGCAGUAGAAUAAAGAGGAUAAGUACUUAUUGGAAUGGUUAGAUCAAACUGUCUGAGAUGAUUCUUAUAUUCUGAUUUGGUGAACAGACACUAUCUCCACACUUAUUUAUGGUCUCUGGCUACACAAUCUCUUGCUCUGGGUUAAAACAAUUGAAAGAAAUGUCAAAUGGUGUUCAUAAAGUGCUAAGAGAUAUGUGUGGCUGAUAAUAGAGUUGGCAUUGCCUGAUGAAAAAAGAGGCUUUUGUGUUGUGUCUGUGUUGUGACAACACCGGUGGAAUGAUCAACCAUGUUAAGGAUUGGGCUAAUUGUUUGACGUGAUCUCUAGCUGUUGAGACUGUAAACAGCCAGAGGAGUUUUUAAGUUGAGCAGAGAAAUGCCAUCCAGAGGAACAUUACGGGGUGAUAAUCAUGUUGGCUUACUCGGUUCUGUUCUUAUUUCUUCUAAGGCUCUUACCAUUCCAGGAUUUCAAGCUGUCUUUGGAAUCUUGAUAUUGCUUGUGAAAAUAUUAGAGCAGGCAUGUAGAUUUUGAUGUUAUCAUUAGGGAGCAAAUGGGAUUAGAUCUUGAUGUAAUUAAGUUUCAGAAAGAUACCAAACCAAACUAAGCCUUGUGUUACACUCGAAUGGGGUCGGCUACAACAAUUCAUUUUGCCCUAGGAUUCAUGUUCAAAAGGGAUCUGAUGGGGAUUUUGUUGGCUGGCAGGCUACUUAACAACUCUUAUACUUUUUGGGGCUGGGACUGGCUUUGUAAAAGAUUAAACAUAAGCACGAGGCAAAGUUAAUUUUCAGAAAGAUGCAUCAAUAAUAAGCAUGAGGUAUAGACGCUCCUUCGUCUAAGCUUGAAAUCUCUGGACCAUUUUUAGAUUUUGUCAAGCUCUUAGGAACAUGAGGAGGCGGUUAGUUGUAUUUUUGGCUUUUAUUUAUUUUGGUUCUCUUUCUUGUAUUUGAGAGGCAUCCCUUAACGCUGUUCUAAUAAACUUGUUACUUACCAAAAUGGAAAAAAUAAAAAUAAAAAUGAGAAGAGUUCAAAGAUGGAUA